UUUGUAAAUAGUAGAUGGAAAUGCAAACGAUACGCUCGCGCGAAGAUUAAAUCGUUUAUCUUUAAUCAUGCGAAAUAUGAUACACGCUUAUCUUUCAACUGUUUCCUGUUGCGUCAAAUGGAUAUGAACACAUUCGACCAAAAGCGAUACUGUAUAGAAAAGAUUAGAGAAAAGAAUGUACAUAAGUUCGAAGAAGAAUUGAUAAACGGCUCGUUGAACGCGGUACCUUCGACGUUGAAAUUUACCUUUGAUUCUGGAAAUUUUAAAAUUCAAGAAAAGAAAAUAGAAAUUAUGAACUGCUUCCUCAAACCAUGCCCCAUACGAUUUUUACCAUUGGAAACUGAUUAUUUUAGAUUUAAAAAUGUCUAUCAGAGAGCAUGGCUCAAACCUGGUUCUGUUUUCAAAUUGAAUAUUUUAUUUAUACCUGAUGAGGAUAGAGAUUACAAUGAUAUUUUGAAAAUAUGUUAUUUCAAUGAUCAAACGAUGCAAAUAAAAAUUUAUGCAGAAAUGACGAUCAAGUUUUCUUUCCCCGCUGUUGUAAAUUUUGGAAAUGUACCGCUUGGUCGGACAGUUUCUUACAAAAUACCAAUACACUCUCACGCAGAAAAAGAUUUCUCGUUCGCUAUUAUACUAUUUAACGGAGGAUCGUGUGUCGACGUUUAUCCUCAACGGGGUCACGUAAAAUCGAAACAGAAACCUGUAACAAUCGUGGUUAUCUAUAGACCUCUUCGCUAUAUAAGUAUGAAUUUUCAAAUUCGAAUAUUCAUAUCUGAUUUAUGCAAAGCUCCGCAUAUUAUAAAUUUCUAUGCGUACACUCGACCAGGUCUCUUACGAGAAAUACUGGAGAACGUCGAAAUAAAAAUAAAAAGCAAAAUGCAGCGGAAAAAGAUUGAAAAAUUAAAGGAAUUUUUGGCAAAAAUGGAAGCUCACUAUCGGAAAAAUGAACAAGCGAAGUUUCAUCAUAAGCCGAAAGUGAAUUAUGGAACGUUCGAUGCUAGUGAAAAUCAAAUGAUAGAAAUUAAAACGCAGCGAGAACUAGCUUGGGAUAAUUAUAAAAAUUUAACAACAAUCUCGGAAAAAUAUAUCCUUGAACAAGAGAAACCUAAAAAGAUAAGACAAAGAAUAUUAAGAGCUUCCAAAAAAGUACAUACAUGUUUUCAUUACGAAUUACUUACCGCAUAA